AUGGAGCAAUACUUCCGAGCAGUGAAGCCAGACUCGGAAGAGGUGAAGGUGAACAUGGCGACAAUGUAUUUGUCAGGAGAUGCUAAACUAUGGUGGAGAACUAAGUAUAAUGACAUCCAAAGAGGAGUAUGCACCGUUGACACUUGGAAAGAUCUUAAGAAGGAGCUCAAAGCUCAAUUCUUCCCCCGAGAAUGUAGAAUACAUUGCCAAAUGACAGCUAAGGGAGCUCAAGCACACCAACAACAUCCGAGACUUUGUGAACAAGUUCUAGUGCUCAUGCUUGACAUCCCGGACAUGUCAGAGAAUGAUCAGUUGUUCUAUUUCCUUGAAGGCUUAAAGCCAUGGGCGAGGACAGAACUUCAGCGGCAGAGGGUCCAAGAUUUGGCUUCUGCACAGGCUGCUGCUGAAAGGCUGACGGACUACACAUUCGAAGAUAACUCUACUAAGAGGACUCAGCCGUUUUUGAAUGCGAAUGUCAACAGAAAUAUAUGGCCUGGACCGAGUAGAAGUGGGGGAGCGGAGUCCAAAUUUUCCAACUCAGGAGGAGGGGACAGGAGAACAGCUAAUGCGAGGGACACGACAACGUCUAAGCCUGCUGCCUCGACAGGGGUUUUCACCCCUCGACCUUUUAAUCCCUCAGGCUAUGCUCCAAAGCCACUAGCAUGCUUCUUAGGCAGAGGACCUCAUAGAGUGAAUGAAUGCCCUCACAAGACUGCUCUCUCUGCCCUACAUGCUCAUAUUCAAUCGAAAGAAACGGAGGAUCAGCAAGAGCCAGAGGAGGAACCUGGUCACAUGGGAGCUUUGAGAUUCUUGGGUGCGGUGGAGAAGCAACCACAAUCACCUAAGAAGUCCCAGGUUAAAUGCUUGAUGUUCGUAGAUGGUAGUAUUAAUGGGAAAAUAGCCAAGAGCGUGAUGGUUGACACAGGGGCCACUCACAACUUUGUGUCAGAAACUGAAGCACGGAGGUUGGGGCUGAAGUUGGAGAAGGAUGUUGGCUGCAUAAAAGCUGUGAACUCUAAGGCCUCACCUACAACUGGACUAUCUCGAGGGGUAUCACUCAAGUUGGGUCACUGGCAAGGGAAGACCGACCUCGUAGUUGUUCAGAUGGACGACUUUGAUGUCAUAUUAGGGAUGAAGUUCUUGUUGGCGAACAAAGCUAUUCCCAUUCCUAGUGCCCAACACUUGCUCAUUAUGGGAGAAAGGCCGUGUGUGGUUCCAACAAGAAUCGGACAACCAAGUGAACCUCGUCUCUUGUCUGCCCUCCAGUUCAAGAAAGGCGUGAAGCGUCAUGAACCUACCUAUGUAGCAGUUCCCCUGAUAAGGGAUGAGAUUAAAGGAGAAGUGAUUCUGAAGGAGAUCGAAGGGGUAUUGGAGAGCUAUGUAGAUGUGAUGUCACCCGAACUUCCCAAAGAAUUACCUCCAAGAAGGAGUGUGGACCAUGAGAUCGAACUGCUUCCGGGGGCCAAACCACCUGCAAAGGCACCUUACAUAAUGGCUCCCCCAGAACUAGUGGAACUUCGAAAGCAGCUCGAAGACCUACUCAAGGCAGGAUUCAUUAGGCCAUCUAAAGCCCCCUUUGGUGCGCCUGUGCUGUUCCAAAAGAAGCACGAUGGAAGCUGGAGAUUGUGUGUGGACUAUCGGGCUCUCAACAAAGUCACAGUGCGAAACAAGUACUCGAUUCCUCUAAUAGCAUAUUUGUUUGAUCAACUCAGUGGUGCCAAGUAUUUCACAAAGAUAGACCUCCGUUCGGGGUACUAUCAAGUCCGCAUUGCAGAAGGCGAUGAACCCAAGACCGCAUGCGUCACCCGUUAUGGCGCCUUUGAGUUCUUGGUGAUGUCGUUCGGGUUGACCAACGCGCCAGCCACAUUCUACACUUUGAUGAACCAAGUCUUCCAAGACUACUUAGACAAGUUUGUGGUGGUGUAUCUGGAUGACAUUGUGGUAUACAACUCUACCCUGGAAGAACACGUAGAGCACCUGAAGCUGGUGUUCCAACAGUUGCGGGACAAUCAGCUGUAUGUCAAGAGCGAAAAGUGCUCAUUCGCGCAAGUGACCAUCAAGUUUCUAGGUCACAUUAUUGAAAGGGGUCGAAUCAGGAUGGAUAUGGAGAAAGUGGAAGCCAUAAAAGAGUGGCGAAACCCCAAGAAUGUGAAAGAGCUGCGUUCUUUUCUUAGGUUGGCUAAUUACUACCGACGUUUCAUUGAGAACUACUCAAAGAAGACAACUCCCUUAACCGAGCUCUUGAAGAAGGGAGUGACAUGGGACUGGAGUAGUGAUUGUGAGAAGGCCUUUCAAGAUUUGAAGAAGGCAGUGAUGGAAGAUCUGGUCCUUGCCUUACCCGACCUGAAUCAGCCAUUUGAAGUUCAGACAGAUGCUUCUGACUUCGCCUUAGGAGGGGUCCUGCUGCAAUGGGGGCAUCCUGUUGCUUAUGAAAGUCAUAAACUCUUAGAAGCUGAGAGGAAGUACACGGCUUAA